AUGUCGCGCUGGGCAUCCCAUGCCAGCCGCUGGGCCCGCUGCCGGAACGCGCACCUUUCUGCCUUCGCCCGCCAGGUGAAUUUUGGACUUCAGGGCCAUCGUGGCCUGGCAAGCUGUCCACCCCUGUCGCGGAUUUGUGCAGAACUGCGGCCCACGCAGGGUUUCGUCGAGCAGCGGAUGCGGACGCCAGGAACUUUGGAUCGGUUCGCCUCUGGAGAGCCCUGUGACUCCAUGGACCAGGAGAGCGCCUUGCAGGUGAUCGCGGCAUUGCUCCAAGACAUCUCGGCCUCCGGCCUCACAAGCGACUAUUUCCUAGCAGAAAUCCAAAGGAAAUGCCAAUGCGUCAAGUCAGGACCAGUUUGCGGCAUCCCAGAACUUGCCUGA